AUGUACAGUUACCUGAAGAAGCCAAAGGAGAACAAGCUUGUGCAACUUGUGCUCAAAGCCGAUUAUGCAUCUGGCGUUUACAGCGCGCCGCAGCCGCUCACGCGCGAGACUGCUAUCACCGAGUGGAUCGAGAGCAACGGGCUUCCGCCACCGACCGUGGCCUACGCCACCGGCAACGGGAAUGUGGAGACAUCUGCAGCAGCGAUCAAGUGCUCGUACGCCGUCUGUCCCGGAUCAAGCGUGCUGCAUGUGGCUGUGCUCAGUGGUUGGGUGGCACACGUGGCCGCGGUCGUUCAGGCCGGCGCCUCGGUUGGCGAGACGGGCGAGUGGACGUUCAACGCCAAGGUCACCGAGACCGGCUCUCAGCUGAACGCGCAACUUGCGACGGCCGCGGUGGAUCCACGCUUUGCAUUCCUGUUUGAGCGGCAAGGCGGGACUGCCCUCGAUUUUGCGCGGCAGCUAGAAACGGCAGCGCGUUCGACCGGGGCGCUUCGGCGCGCGGUGCCGGGCGCCGCCUCCUCAGUGCCGUGCGACACGAAGGAAGAGGAUCUGCGGUCUGCCGUGCGCAUGUACCUCGAGUACGUAGAGUCCGGGGUGGGCGACGCGUGGCUGCUCGACACGACGGUGGAACAUGAGCCGUUCUUGGCGCCGCGGCCGAGCUCGACCUACGCCAAGCUGGGCUCGUCGUCGAUCAUGGCCCCGCCGGUCGCGCGCGACGGUGCGGGAGCGUCGUCAUCGUCAACCGUGAGUGGGUGGGCGUGCACGGCUCCAAAGAAGGCCCACAUCGGUGGGCUUCCCGGGCUCCCCUCGUCAUUGGCCGUUGUGGCCAGCGACGCGCUUGUGAUCGACCCUGAUGCGGUGCUGGGGCGCGGGGGCUUUGGCGUGGUGUACAAGGGCCGGAUGGGAGAGCGCGACGUGGCCGUCAAGCGCAUCAUUGAUAUGACACCCGCAGGACGGGAAGAUCUCGAGCGCGAGGUCAAGGCCAUGUACAAGCUCAAGCACGCCAACAUCGUCGCGUUCCUUGGCGUCUUUGACGCCAGCGACGACACAGUGAUGAUCGUGAUGGAGUUUGUGCCAUUCGGCUCGCUCCGGCACGUGGUGGACCAGGGGUACGAGAUCGGUUCGCCUCUCGACGUCGCCACGUGCCUGUCGCUAGCGCUUGGCAUUGCGCGUGGCAUGGCCUACCUCCACGCGUGUGAACCACCAAUCCUGCACAUGGAUCUUAAGGCACUCAAUGUGCUUGUUGGCGGGACGCGGGAUGCGCCCGUGGCCAAGGUCUCGGACUUUGGGCUCGCGCGGAUGCUCGCGACGUCGGGCGCUGCGACGACAAGUGUCGGUGGCACGAUGGUGUUCAUGCCGCCCGAGGCCAUGGCUACGCCGCCGCGUCCGCGGCGCGCGUGGGACGUCUACGCUUUUGGCAUCACACUCUUUGAGCUCACCACGGGCCGCUGGCCGUACAUGGGCCUUGGCCUGCCGCUCAUGUUUAUCAUGCACCUCAUCGCCAACGGGCACCGGCCGUCCGUGGACGCCAUGGACGGACACCCUGUGCUCCAGGCACUGGCGCAGCGGUGCUGGACGCACGAGCCGUCGGACCGGCCAACGUUUGAGGCGAUUGUGGCCGAACUCGAGUAG